GUUCUAUUAUUCUAUUAAUUGAGACAGCGAAAAUAGAAAUAAAUACUUUUUCAAACGAAAGUCGUAAAGCAAUUCAAAAAAAUAAAGUAGCGAUAAUAGGAUAUUUAAAAAUUUGAAAAAAAAACUUUAUGAAUUCGUAGUCUUUUAAGUUUUUAAACUAUACAGAUCUUGUAAGGUAUUAUUAAAAUGAAUGAUAGAUUAGCCGCUGGAGAUGGCAGUUCUAAUUCAUCGAAAAAAUUCAAAAAGUUUAAUAAAUCUUUUAGUUUUCUUACAUCGGCGAGGAGUUGUUCAACGCCAAAAGAUCCGGGGGAGGGGAAGAAAUAUCCAUCUAGCGAUAGUAAACUCGGUCGUAAGUUUAGUAAUAGAUUAAAAAAUUGGCUACGUUUGAAAGAGUCGUCUAGAUAUUCUGUAUCCGAGAGUUUUAAUAGUACAAGGAAUGUAAAUGAUUUCAUGCCAAAGUUGGGAUCAAUCUCUGAAAAUAAAUUGGAAAAUGUUAGUAAUUUUUGCGUGACUGCUGAUGAAAGUUCCUAUCUAACCGAAAACACAGAAGCCAGGGAUGGAGAGAAUCGAGUAAUCGAUAAGCCUAAAAGCGCAAAAUCUCUAUGCUCUAUUACCGAUGAUGAUAAUGCUUUCAAUGAUAACAAUAUGGAUAAAAUGUUAAUGAAACCGAUAGAAAGUCGUUCGUCUAAAAGGGAAGCAGAAAUUCAAACAAUAAAUUUAAUUGGAGAAAGUGAAUCUAUAGAGAAGCUAAUAGAAAGCAAAGAUAUAUUGAUUGCAACCUUGAAAUCCGAUUUAGAACAGCAAGAAAAUGAUUUUCAAAAAACUUUAUCAAAUAUAAAAGAUUUAACUAGUAAUUGUAGAACUUUAACCACCGAAUUAUCAUCCUUAGAAGAGAAGAAGAAAAUGCAAAAGAGGAACAAUCAUUUAGAAAACGCUUUUUAUCGAAUGAAAAUGGAAAGUGAAGAGAAAGAAAAUAAGCGUCUACGAUUAGAAUUAGGUCGUCUGAAUAAAUGCUUAAGAGCAAUUAGCCUUGAAAACCACCAUAAUAACCUAAUAUUUUUGUGGGAGAAGGAAUCGGAUGCUGUUAAAUUGGCUUCAUGCUACGAUAAAUUAAAGAUAUUAAUAAGUCAUUUAAACAUGAUAAAUGAUCAAUUAAAUGGGGAAAUAAACGAAGGCAAACUCUCCGCAAUACUUCUCAGCGCUAAAAGUACUCUUGAAGAAGAACUUUCCCGUAAGGACGACUUAGAAAUGAAAGCAAAAUCAUUACUUAAAGGAUUAUCUGAAGCUUCUAAAGAAAUUCAAAAAUUUAGUAAUAAUUGA